CUGCGCCGGAAACCAGUCAAGCACCGAGCAAAUUCAUUUCGAGAGACUGCGUCAUGAGCUCGCAGCGCGGCAACGUCAAGAAGGGUGCGCCCAAGCACCAGAACACGUUCGCGUUCAAGCACAACCCGAAGAGUAAGAAGACGGAGCACAUUCUCGGCCUCCCGAUCCAUGGCCUCUGCCCGCACUGCCACGAGCAGAUCGUCUGGCGCAAGAAGUACCGCAAGUACCGCCCGCUCACGCAGCCCGGCAACUGUACCGAAUGCCGCCAGAAGACCGUCACGGCCGCGUACCACACGUUGUGCCAGCCGUGCGCCAAGGCCAAGGGCGUCUGCGCCAAGUGCUGCAAGGCCGACGAGCUGGUCCUGAGCGAGAAGCAGUUGGCCGACCAGCGCAAGGAGGACGAGAAGGAGUUUGAAGAGUCGCUCGACGGCAUGAAGGAGCGCGAGCGCCGAAAGGUCCUGCGCGAGAAGAAGAAGCAGGAGGAAGAGGAAAAGGCGGCGGCCAAGGCAGCGCGCCGCCUCGCACUCGGCCUCGACCCGAUCGACCCGAACGACGACGACUUGGAUGGCAUGAGCGACUACCUCUCCGACUAAGAUCGUAGUGCGGAUGACGCCACUUUACUAACCUACACAAACAAUUCGCGAAGUACA